AUGGUAUCUUCUCCACCCCUCAAAUCACUGACUCCCGAGUUGUUGACCCAGCUCAAAGAGCACAAUGAAAAGCUUCUCUUCGAAAUUAUCAGCGCGAACUCGAAGUCCAAGUUCUGCCAAACCGCCGACGAGCUGAGCAUCUUCCGGAACGCUGUCGACUCGCUCCACGAAGAUGAGCAAGGAUUUUUGCGGAACUUCCGCGAGUUGGUUCCACUCACCGUAUACGACGCUUAUCAACCUUUCGUGACUCGGUUUUUGAAUACACCCUGCCAGGAAUCUGAGGUCAUUGACCUCUUUGCACCUGGUUUCCCUGCCUUCAUCGCAGUUUCUAGUGCGACCUCUGGCAAGGUAGCCAAGCUUUUCCCGAGGUAUAAAGGGACGUUCUGGAACCAGGCGGGAUCUCAGAAAGUACAUACAUAUCACUUGACCUACAGGACGGUCUUGAAUAUCUUUCGUGGAGAUCAAGAUAUCGUUCAGAAAAUUAUGGUCACCACAGCGAGUGCUGGGUUCUUGAGGAUGCGAAUGGGAUGGAACUCGGAACAAGAUGAAGACAGAAUGUCGUCUAUGGUUCCAGGAGAGUCUACUCCGUACGCAGUGGCUAUGGUCAAGAAUCACCCCUCAUUUCUUCUCUUGCACGCGCUGUUCGCGCUGGCCGACCGUAGUGUGGACACUCUUAAGGUCCUUUUCUCGACAACAUUGCUCGACAUGUUUAUGUACAUGGAACGUGAUUGGUCCAGUCUUGUGGACGCCAUCGAAAAUGGGACAAUCCCAGAACUAGAAUAUAUUGAGCACGUCCGGGACCACCUGGAGCGGCACUUACAUGCGAACCCUGCCCGCGCGGCUGAGCUACGUACUAUCGGACCUCCUUCCAAAACCACUAUUACGGGAUGGGCAAAAUUAGUCUGGCCAAAUCUGAAGCAUGCACUCAGCGUCGCAAGUGGCUCUUUCUCGUCCGCUGUUCCAAAAGUAAAGCAUAUUCUAGGCCCCGAUGUGAUACUGCAAACACCAGCAUAUGCCUGCAGCGAAUGCGUCCUUGGUGUCAUGUAUCAGCCUGGAGACCUCAACCGAUUCAGGGUUUCGAAUGAUGUAUUCAUUGAGUACCUCGACGUGAACGCAGAGGAGGUCUCCAACAAUCUAUGCGCGGCGUGGGAGGCCGAACCAGGGAGACUCUACGAGCCUAUCAUAACCACAUACGAUGGAUUGUGGCGUUAUCGACUUGGUGAUGUAGUCGAGCUACUGGGCUUUGCUCCAGACGAUGGUACUCCCGUAGUGAAAUUCGUUGAACGGCGGAAGUCAGUCACGGAAUAUCUUCCAGCGCUGGUUGAGCUGAUGGAAUAUUACAGUGCGGUUAUCAGAUUCGAUUCUACAUUUGUCACCGAAGCGCAGCUAGUCCAGUCAGUAUCUUCUGCAACCCAAGACACACUCGGGCAAGUUGUAGAGUUCACUUGCUUCAAAGACGCCCGGGAACUUCCCUCAACUGUUGGAUUCUUUGUGGAACUAGCAAACGAGCCAGCUUCAUUAGGCGCCUCUCUGUACCUCGCGAAGCAGCGACUACUGGAUGUCCUCUCAGAUGUGAAUGAAAUUAUUAAGCGCAUGUCUGAUGGUGGGUCAUUCGGUAUGCCCACAAUACGUGUGGUCAAGCCAGGAACCUUCGCGCAAUACAGAAAGUGGAAGGGCGAAGCAGCUGCGACUGGCACUAGCCAAGUGAAAGUGCCUGUGGUGAUGUCCGAUACCACUGCUCAGGAGUGGAUAAUGAGCAGAGUAGAACUAGAAAUCUAA